ACCGGGGACAAAAUGUCUCACCGUAAAUUUUCGGCCCCACGCCAUGGCUCUCUGGGCUUCCUUCCACGCAAGAGGUGUAAACGCCAUCGUGGUAAGGUGAAGAGUUUCCCUAAGGAUGAUCCCAGCAAGCCUGUUCACCUGACUGCUUUCCUUGGCUACAAGGCUGGUAUGACCCACAUUGUCCGUGAGGUUGACAGACCUGGCUCAAAGGUCAACAAAAAGGAGGUGGUUGAGGCAGUGACCAUUGUGGAGACUCCUCCCAUGAUUGUAGUGGGUGUUGUUGGAUACGUCAUGACCCCUCGUGGCCUGCGCUCUUUCAAGACCAUCUUUGCUGAGCACAUCAGUGACGAGUGCAAGCGUCGCUUCUAUAAGAACUGCUCCGCUCAGGUGCCUUGUGCCCUGAUGAGCUCCGGGCUCCUCUGGCCGGUGGAAAGGGCUCCUUAGAAACUGUGCCAUGAGCCGAAAUGACCUAUUGCUGUCGACGCCUCCCCUUUACCAUGAGGAUGGGCAAAGCAGCUAUGCCCAGUCUCCUUCCACUGGCCUGCUAGGCUAUGAAGGGGCUGUGCCAACCUUUCUUUCUGCUUUUCCCCUGCCCUCAUCUACCGCGUUCAGGUACAAGUCCAAGAAGAAGGCCUUCACCAAGUACUGCAAGAGGUGGCAAGAUGAGGAGGGCAAGAAGCAGCUGGAGAAAGACUUUGCCUCCAUGAAGAAGUACUGCCAGAUCAUUCGCAUCAUUGCCCACACACAGAUGCGCCUGCUGCCCCACAGACAGAAGAAGUCCCACUUGAUGGAGGUUCAACUGAAUGGAGGCUCUAUUGCUGAUAAAGUUGACUGGGCCAGAGAGAAGCUUGAGCAGUCAAUUCCCAUCUCUAAUGUCUUUGCUCAGGAUGAGAUGAUUGAUGUUAUCGGCGUUACCAAGGGUCAUGGAUGCAAGGGUGUGACAAGCCGUUGGCACACAAAGAAGCUUCCCCGCAAGACCCAUCGUGGACUGCGUAAGGUGGCCUGUAUUGGAGCCUGGCAUCCUGCCCGUGUGGCCUUCUCUGUUGCUCGUGCCGGUCAGAAAGGCUACCACCAUCGAACUGAGAUCAACAAGAAGAUCUACAAGAUUGGUGUGGGCUUUCACACCAAGGAUGGAAAACUAAUUAAGGGCAACGCCUCUACUGAUUAUGAUCUGUCCAACAAGAGCAUCAACCCCCUUGGUGGAUUUGUACACUAUGGUGAGGUGACCAACGACUUCCUCAUGCUGAAAGGCUGUGUGAUCGGAACAAAGAAGAGGGUUUUGACUCUGCGCAAAUCUCUUCUGGUCCAGUCCAGCCGUCGUGCCCUGGAGAAGAUCGAUCUCAAAUUCAUCGACACCACCUCCAAGUUUGGUCAUGGACGUUUCCAGACCAUCGAGGAGAAGAAAAACUUCAUGGGACCCCUCAAGAAAGACCGUCUCGCCAAGGAGGAAAUGUCAUAAAUGUGCUCGUUCUCUGCUCUGUCUGGUGUUGUCAUGCAGUACUGCAGAGUCAUUUAAUAAAAAUAAACAAAAUGAUGCCCGUCUAUCAA